CCGUUUUUCAUGAAGAGUUAUCGAUAUUGUCUUACGUGAUUCUGCGAUAAAUUUAUCAAAAUUAAUGUCGUUUUACUUAUAUUUAACUGUUGAUUUCGUGUAUAGUUUCUGUUGAUUAAUGUCAACAUUACAAAAUGAGUUUGAAAGAGAAUCUCUGCAAUUUAUUUUCAAAAAAAUUGAAUGAUAGGAAAAGUGGUACAGAGAAUUUGUUCAAUCUAAUUAAUAAUAAAAGAACUAUUGAUUACUUAGAAAAUCCAGAUGUUGAUCUAGAUUGGAAUGAUAUAUAUUCAAAUGUUUUUAAGGCUUUAGUUCAAGAAUUGCAACGUAUUGAUGGUAAUAAGUUGAAUGGUGUAAAGACUCCAAACAGUAAUUUUGUAAUGGUAAAUAGUUUAAAAGAUUUACUUGUUUCCAUUGUGAAAGUUGCUAAUCGAAAACGGGGCCAAAUAGAAUUUAAAUCAAUUCACCAAAGUUUGAAGAAAUGCAUUAAUGAGACAACAUACAGAGAUUUAUGUCUCAAAGAAUUUCUUCUAAUUAUGAGAGAACAUGUUCUCCCAAAAUUUAUGUAUUGGAUUACAAUUACCAAAGAGGAAUGGAAUGAUUUGUUAACUGAUUUGGACAAUGUACGUACAUAUAAUGAGGAUUCUGCAAAAGCUAUUAUCUGCAUUCAACAAUGUAUGUUUCAUGGAAGUAAACAUAAGUUGCAGAGAGCAGGCUUUAAACAACAUUAUGAAAUUAUUGUGAAUAUUUCCAAAACUGUUACAAUUGCUUCACAAGGCUGGAUGAAAGAAUCUUUACUGGAGAUGGUUUUAACAUUUUGUAAAAAUCAUAUGAAUGAUUGUAGAAUGUUGUGCUGUGAAUUAGGAGAAACCAUACUGGGAAAUUUAAUACAGUUGUAUGAAAACUACGCCAAACAGAAUAAUAUAACGUUAUUACUUCUUGAAAUAUUUAUUAUACAAUUGAAAAUACAUCAUCCUAAUGGAGCGUCGGAGAAUGAAACUUACGCUUAUGCAAAUUCUUGGCCAGCAUGGAAAAGAAUUUUAAAAUUUCUGUAUUCUUUCAUAGAUAACGUUUUUAAAAUUAGCGAUAAGUUCCUUCUUCAAUAUGCGGAAAACAAGAAAUAUUUUCAUCCGCUUUUUGCAAAAUUCGCCGUGGAAGUAUUUAAACAGAAAAAUCAUGUUUAUGAUCCAAUUUCUGAUGCAACUCAGAAACGUGUAUGUGCAGAUUUCGGUUUUAUGCAGUUAGUAGAUGAAAUUGAAGGUUCAAAAAAUUGGACUUGGAUAUAUUUAUGCAAUGAAAUUAUUAAAAAAUAUCCUAAACUCUUAUGUGCUACAGCUUACAUAAGACUUUUGAAAUUUCUGGCCAAUUAUAUAUUUGAAUGUAAACUUGCCUACGAGUAUACAUUAGUCUUUAAUUGUCUUACAUCAUUGCUUGAUAUGGAAUCUGUAUUUGGACGUGAACAAUUAAGAGAGCAAGAAAUUGAUGUUAUAUGGACUUCCUUGUGGGAUACUAGCUUAAAAGUCCUAGGUUUAGCUAUGAACACCGAAGAAAAUCAUAAUUUUAUAAGACGCAUGAUUGUCUUGAAAAAAGCACCAAGGAAUAAUCAAUUGAUUAUGAUGUACAAGUUGAAAAAAGUUAAAAUUUCGGAAGACAGUUUAAAAACAUUGAAUCUGUUAUGCAGCGAGCAUUGCUUGACGGACAAUUCUGAACGGGAUUUAUUACAUUGGGUCAUGCAAAAUGAUAUUUAUGAGCAUUUCCAAUGCGCAGUGUAUGCUGAAACUAUUGUUCAUUUGAUACUAACGCAAUGGCCUAAAGUAAGUGAACUUGGUUUAAAAGUAACGGAUCAGAGACAUUCCGAUGGAAGAGAUGAUUUAAAUGUAGAAGAAUUUAGAAACAUCGAUCAAAGUUUAAGAAGUGAUGAUGUGCAGAUAUCAGCGACCGUUCAUAAAGAUUACGUUAUAAAUAGAGAAGCAUUCGAGGAAUUGCUAGACUUACUGGGAAAUCUCUGCGAGAAAGUUGCAAACAAUGAUAUUGAGAAUGUGAACAACAUUUUCUACGUGAUGAUAUGUUUUUUGAAUAUAGUAAACUAUUUUAAAAUUUAUAAAAUUGAUGAUGGCGUGAAGUCUUUGAUAAUAUUACUAAGAAAACUGAACGAAGGAACAGUCUGGGAUAUAUCCGUGAAGCUAUUAAAGAAAGCAAACGAAAGAGGACGUUUUUUGAACAAAGAAAUUAUUCAGUUACUACAAAAAGUAUUUUCCGUUGACUUGGAAGAUGCAAUUAAAGUACCGGUAGAUUUCAUAUCUACAGCAUUUUCGUUUCUCGCAGUAGAAGAAGAAGGACAGGAUGUCGAAAAUCCUAUUGAUGUUAAAGUGAACAGUGCUAAAGAGUCGAUGAAUUUAGAAAUAUUAAAUAUGAUUUGUCAGUUUGCUUUCGCUUCUAAUGGUGGUGGUGAAUUAAGAUCUCAAGCGAAACAAGUUCUUCUCAAUCCUACUUUGGAUUUCAACAAUGACAUUCAAUAUGAACAAAUGAUAACAGUUUUAAGAUUUACCAAACGCACUGAAAACAUUAGCUUUAUGGAUGUUUUGGAAAUACUGAAAAGAAUUUGCCAAGACCGUUAUCAAGAACAUAGAAUUGCAUCGGAUAUUUUGGAAAUCGUUUAUAAUGUACUCGAGAAUACUUUGCUUCAUGAUUAUGAAGAUUUAUAUGCAUUACUCGAUCCUUUUUACGAUGGCAGACAUAAUUAUAGUAUAGAUAUUAUAAUGAAACUCGUGGACUGUUACGGAAUGAUUGGAGAUAUGAAGGCAAUGUUUAUGAUCGCGGAUUUUCUUCUUCAUGAUAGUAUAAUGGUUCGCAUGAAUGCUAUUAAAACAUUCACAAAUAUACUGAAGAAACAAAGGCUCUUUGAUUAUGGUGUCUUUGAAAUGCAAAAAGAUUUUUUUAAGAAAAUUUGCAUCGUAAAUGAAAAACUGUUCGAAACUGUGAUCGAAAUCGGCGACGAUGACGGACUCUCGAAUCGACUUGCAACAGUUUUGUACGCAUUGGGAAGUAUCAUAUGUUAUUGCAGCGCGUUUCGUAAAAUUGCAUUGUUCGAGCUUUUCAAAAUAUCGCAUAUUCAAGACAUAGAUCUGCAUAAACUUAGUAAGAUGAUUAAAAUUAUAUCGAAGGAAAUUGGCUGCGAAAACUCUUACGCGUUUCUAGAAAACAGUUUGGAUUAUUUGUUGUUGCAAUGGAUAACGAAGGGGUUUUCAUUGAAAAAGUUCCCAUACACAUUGUUGGGAUGUCUGACGGACUCGAAUUUCUAUAACACGUACAUGUCGUCCAUUUUGCCAAUACUGUUUAACGAAAAGGAGGAGACGGACUUUGAAAAUAUUUGCGAAAAAAUUGGAUGCAGCGUUCAAAAUGUCAUUAAAGAGGCGUACCCUUUCGUAAAAAUCAGAAGUUUAGUCGAGUCAAAUUUGGAAGAUAGCAAAUUGAAUGAAGUUAUCAAUAGGAGAUUAACAAAAUAUUUACCUGAAGACGAUAGAAAACAAUUAAUUGAAAAUAGAAUUGAUGAUGUUUUCAUUGCGGCAAUCCAAUUUGUUUUUGAUAUGGACGACUUCAAGAUAAUAUUCAAUAUGGAUUACUGUUUGCCACUGCCAGAUACCACACAUGUCGACAUUGCAGGUUUUCAGAACAUAUUAACACUACUGCAAGAAGAUAUUAAUUGGGCAAAUUUCAUGGAAGUUUUGAUUACAAAGAAAGACAAGCUUCAGCAAAUUCUUCUGAAGCUCACGAAAAAGAUACACAAAGCGACGAGCAGAGAAGAGCGAAUUUUGAGCUUUUACAGAUACGUAGUCUUUCUGCAACUAAUUCAUCCUCAAUUGAUCGACCGCCGAUUCUGCUUGAACAACUAUUUAAUACGAGAUAUAACUUAUACUCUGGUGAAUCUAAUCGAUGGCAACAUAAAUGAAGUUCAUAAAUUGGCCAUAAUAUAUUUAAAAAAGUUUAUUAACGACAUUUUGCCUGGUUGCGUUACAGCGUUUCAAGAGUACUUGCCUGUAAUCGUGGGAAGUCUUGUACCUAUAGCGGAUCAAACCACAGAGAUAUCCGAUGAUGCAAUGAAUGUAAUGAAUAUUAUUUUCCAAGAGAACGCUAAACGUCUAGAGGAGGGUUUGAAAUAUUUAGAUCCAUUGCCCGAUAAGGAUAGAUUUUCCGAAUUGCGAUUGCUGCAUCAUAAAGUGAAAUAUGAUCAAGUUAAUUGCGCACUCGGGCAAGAAAUUGAAUACUUUUUGAAGGCCGGUGAAUUGGUGACGCGGGCAGGAUGUCGCACAGAGGGUUUGAAAUAUCUAAGGAGUAAGCUUAAAACGAAAAAAGACGAACUCAAAAUACUGUACAACGAGUUGUACUUGUAUCGUGGUGUUUCGAAUUCGACGAGUAAUUUACACAAACUUGUAUACAAAUUGAUGGAUCUUGCCAUUUCGACUGAUUCGGCGGAAAGCUUGGAAGCCACGAAAUGUAUAGGUGAAUUGGGAUCCGCUGAUUUAACAACGAUGGUAUUGAAAAAUGAAGAACCCCACGACGACCUCAAUGCAAAACCCACGCAUCUUGCUGCCGCUCGCAUAAUGACAUCGUUAAUACAUUUUCUUGUAGACCAAAAUAUCGACGUGGUAUGUGCCACCUCCGAUGCACUAUACUCAAUUUUGAAAUGCAACGAGGGCAACAGUGCUGCAAAUAAGUUGAUUCCUCGUAGUAUUCAAUACUUGAAACCAUUCAUAUGUACGACGAAGACAAAGCAAAUUAAUAUGGAAGUUGACAAUAAAUUUCUGGAAGUAAUCAAAAAUGAAGAUCUUUGGUGUCCUGAACGUAUAUUGGAUCAUAAUCAAUGGAUAGUUAGUUUGACUUCAGAAAUACUGAAUUGUAUCAAUAAACCGGAAUGGUAUAAAACGUUGAUUCCAUUGUGUAAAUUGAAAGUUUCCUUUGCCGAGUCGCUACUGCCCUUGCUUGUAAAUAUAAUUGUAGAGCAGAAUAAUAAGUAUUUUAAGAUUAUAUCAGAAUCGAUUGGAAUGUUUUUCGAGAAGCAUUGGGAUUUGCACUGGAAUGGCAAAAACAACGAAUGUGGAUUAGUUAUGAUGCAGAAGCCGUCUGUAAAGUGUAUGCUAACUACCGUUCAUUUUAUUAGGCUUCAUAGAAACACAUUAAGUAACGCUUCAAAUUUGAAAACCAACGUCGAACUGCAAAUAAACCAUCUGCACGUGGCAUUGGCGGCGCAAUUCUGUUCGGCGCAUUUUUCAGCAUCUAUGUUUGCAGAAUUAUGGUGUCAACGAGAAAUUGUUAAGAAAGCAAAUGUGUUGAACAACAAUGCUUCUGUGUUGGCUACAAUCUGCGAGACAUCAGACGAUUCAAAGGCAUUGAAAUCUAUACUGAAAGAGACGUAUCGUAAUAUCGGCGAUAAAGAUGCAUUGCUUCCUUGCCAAUUGAUAGAUCCAUGUGAUCUUCCCCAUUACAUACAAUUCCACAAGUCCAUUGAUUUUGAGACAUCUUUAAUAAAUUGUGGUUUGUACGAGUUGGCCGCGAAUAAUAAUUCCGCAAGUGUACAAUACGAAUGCCUGUGGCGGUUGGGGCGUUGGGAUGGUUUGUCGGAACGCGAACCGACCAACACUUUCGAUUGUCACUAUUACAGUGCGCUGAAGGCUCUGAAUGAUAAUGAUUUAGUAAGUCUCGGUGAAUCUGUCGAAAGAGCAAGAUCCGUUUUGUUGGAAUCGUUCAGGCAUGAGAGCUUGGAAAGUUGUAAGCAUUUGUACAAAUCUACGACGGAAUUUCAAUGCUUGCAUGAAUUGGAAGAUGUGAAGAAAGCGGUAGCAACUGAUAACUAUAAACACUUUUUAAUCGAUUGGCUCAUCAAAGAUUCUAUUAAUCCCAAUGAAUUUAAGUACGUCGAAAGGAUUCUGUCGCAUCGCAUCGCCAUACUAAAUAUAUUAGUAUCAAAUGAUAACACUGAAGUAAUGAGCGAUCUUAUUGAUUAUCAGUUAAAAUUAUCAAGUUUAGCACGAUCGCAGAGCAAUUUUAAUGUGGCAAGAAGGUGUGUCGAUAAUUUGCAAAAGAACAUGUACAUGGACGAAUUAUCAAAACAGAAAAUUACAUUGGAACAUGCACAAAUUAUAUGGAAUAUUCAUAAACCUACUGGCAUGUACAUGCUGAAAGAUUUACUCAAAGAAGCCGGAGGCGAUGAACGAUUUGUGUCGAAAUCAUUAAAAUUAUAUGGACACUGGUCAAUUGAAUCAAAAUCGGAAACAACUGAAUCAAUAAUAUCAAAUUACUUUUUGAAAUCUAUUGAUUUGUUGAAUAAAUAUCGCGCAAGAGAUUCUUCUUCGGAAAUAGUGGACGAAAUAUGUGAUAGUUACGAUGUGCUGGCUUGUUUCGUGGAUGAGAAAUAUCAAGAGAUAAUGGAUUAUAUCGAGAGCCCUCUGUUUCAAGAUAAAAUCAAGAAAAUGGAAACAUUUAAGAAAUCUGAAUGUGAAGUGAAGAGCAAGACGAGAAGCUCUAAUUAUGAUGAGAGAGUGGCUGCUAUAACGUAUUCGAAACAGAGUAACAUCGAUGAAACCGAAAUUGGAAUUACUCUUAAAGAAAAGAAUAAUUAUCUGGAGCUGGCCGUUAAAUAUUAUCUGCUAAAUUUAAAGUUCAGCAAUAAGUCGAAUAUUAAGUUGUACAGGGUGAUUUCGCUGUGGCUAAAUAACAAGUCUAACGUCGAACUGAUGGCAAAAAUAAAUGUGAAUUUACCGAAAGUGCCAAGCUACAAGCUUUUAGCAGUGCUGCCUCAAUUGGUGCCGCACAUUACAAAUAACGAUGACGAUUCGUUCGGACAACUGGUGAAUAGUUUAGUUGAAAAUUGUGCUAAAGAGCAUCCGCAUCACGUUAUACCAAUAAUACUUUCGGUAUCACAUUCUGACAAAGAUUCCGAAUACUCGGAUACAUCUCUUAUUACAAGGAACGAACCUCGAACAUUGGGAGCGCAAAUUAUGAUAACAAGAUUGAAACAAAUAUCCAAAAUUAAAAGAAUAAUUGAACAAUUGGAAGACACUACGCUCGCAUUGAUCCAAUUAGCUUAUUACAAUACGGAUCUUUCCAAAGGUACAAACGUCCAUUCAGAAAAUUUCUUUAAAAUUCCAAAUACGUUUAAAAUUAGAAAAAUAAGAAACUACGACGAUGCAUUGUUAGUUACCUGCAAUUUAGAUAUUAAACCCAAUUGUGAUUAUGGAAAUAUCGUGGGUAUUUACAAAUACGAUCUGGAAUAUAAUUUAGUUGGUGGAAUAAACGCACCGAAACGCAUCAAAUGCACGGGAACCGACGGAAUAGCUAGACGACAACUUGUUAAAGGAAAGGAUGACUUAAGACAAGAUGCUGUCAUGCAACAAGUUUUUGAAAUGCUGAACGAAUUAUUGGCUGGUAAUAAAGAAACUUUCAAUUUGCGUAUAAGAACAUACAAAAUAUUACCACUUUCGCAGCGUAGCGGAGUUCUGGAAUGGGUUGAAGAUUCAAUGACGAUUGGCGAAUAUUUAACAGGUACCAAAAACAGACCAGGCGCACAUAAAAUGUAUAAUCCCGGUGACAUCACUCCCGAAUCGUGUCACAAUCAACUGAAAUCCGUGCAGGACAUGCCGUCUGAUAGAAAGUUGGCCGUGUAUAAUAAAAUUUGUAAGCAAUUAAGGCCGGUCUUUCAUAAAUUCUUUGAGACCACUUUUCUGUACUCUACUGAAUGGUACGAAAAACGCCGCGCUUAUACGCAGAGUGUUGCAACAACCAGCAUAUGUGGAUACAUCUUGGGAUUGGGUGAUCGACAUCUUAACAAUAUACUGUUGGAUAAGAAAACAGCGGAAGUUAUUCACAUAGAUUUUGGUAUUGCGUUUGAGCAAGGCAAAGCCUUGAAAACUCCGGAAACUGUUCCUUUCAGAUUAACUAGAGAUAUUGUAGAUGGCAUGGGUAUUUCAGGAGUCGACGGUUGCUAUACUAGUUCUUGCGAGAAAACUAUGAGCGUCUUGAGAAAUAAUGUUAACACAAUAACAGCUAUUUUGGAAGUCCUUCUAUAUGAUCCACUGUACAUAUGGAAAAUUACGCCGUACCGUGUAUUGAAUUGUCAGAAGGAAAUUAAUGAUGAUGCCAUUACUUCUUUAGAAACUGCGCCAGUAAACUUGACUGCUGAAAGAGCAUUAAGUAGAUUACGACAAAAGUUGCUUGGAAUUGAAUGGGGUCAAUUCUAUACUGUUGAGCAGCAAGUGGCCAGACUGAUACAGGAGGCAAAGAAUCCUGAAAAUUUAUCAAAACUGUUUUGUGGCUGGAGACCAUAUUUAUAA